ACUGACAGUCGCAUCCUCCUCGAUCGGCUCUACUAUUGCCGCUACGGACAUCCAGACCUGGAAAAGGCAAAGGAGUUCUUCACAGACUUCGGCCUGAUCCCGGUCCAGGAGAAAGAUGACAAGGUCUACUUCCGCGGCUUCGGCAUAGACCAGUUCUGCUACGUGGCGGAGAAGACAAGCGACGGCAAGCGAAAGUUCAGGGGCGGCGCUUGGAUCGUGCAGUCCAUGGCCGAGCUGGAGAAGGCAGCCAAGUUGCCGGGCUCAACGCCGAUCCAUGACUUUGACGCGCCGGGCGGGGGAAAAGUAGUCAUUAUCAAAGACCUGCUGGGGGAGGGGGUGACUCUGAUCUACGGCCAGGAAGAUCGAGUUCCGGAGCCCAGGGAGGUUCCUAAGCCGGUCAUGUGGAACACCUGGGAGGACAAGAAGCGGCUGGGCGAUUUCCAGCGCCCGGACAGAGAUUUGCCGUCUAAGGUGCAUAAGCUGGGUCACUACGGAUUUGAGGUCAAUGUGGACAAGAUCCACGAGGUCUUUGACUGGUACAGCAAGACGUUCAAUAUGAAGAAGACGGAUACCUUAUUCCAGCCGCAGAGCAAAAAGACGGUCAUGAUCUUCAUUCAUCUGGACAAGGGCAAGGAAUACGUCGACCACCAUAAUAUCUUCAUCGCCGGGUCACCCGAACUCAAAGAGGGCAUCAAAGCGCACCACACCAGCUUCGAAGUCGACGACGUGGACAGCCAGGUCGUCGGCCAUCAUUACCUACGCCGCAAGGGCUACAUCAACGUCUUCGGUGUGGGAAGACACGUGCUCGGCAGCCAGAUCUUUGACUACUGGUUUGACUCGUCCGGAUUCAUCGUCGAGCACUAUGUUGACGGCGAUCUUGUCAACGAAGACUCGCCGCAUGCGGAUGAACCUGCCGUCGCUGCCACGGUGUCAAGCUGGGGUCCGGAAAUUCCGCGAGCCUUC